CAGAUUCCCUGCUCGGUUCAGGGUCGGAUGAGGAGGAAGAUGAAGAAUCAAGAACAGCGAACAACUCGAGUAGUCCUGCGCAUGCGACGCACCCGGCUUUACAUUCAGAACUAUCACACAAUGGUGACACAAAACCACACGAGGAUUCGGAAGACCAGGGAUCAUUGGAUGGAGACGCCGAGACCCGAGACUCGCAGGCCGAGAACAAGUCACCCGAUGACGGGAACGGGGGAUCAAAACGCCGGGGACCUCGCACCACGAUCAAAGCAAAGCAGUUGGAGAUUCUGAAGUCAGCAUUCUCGCAAACGCCGAAACCGACCAGGCACAUACGAGAACAGUUGGCGAAGGAGACAGGUCUACCCAUGAGAGUGAUACAGGUGUGGUUUCAAAAUAAGCGUUCAAAAGAACGACGCCUAAAGCAGUUGACUUCAAUGGGUCGGGGCCCAUUUUUCGGGUCGUCUCGCAAGAUGCGCGGCUUCCCCAUGAACCUCUCACCGGGAGGGCUGGAGGAGGGGCCUCCGGGGUUCCCAUAUUUCGCGACAGCAGAUGGCAAGUUCGAGUUUGGCUAUGGCCCGCCGUUCCACCAUGAUGCACCGUUCUUCCAUCCACCGCCAUCUAUGCCAUUUAACCAGCCAGGUGGAAUGGAGUCACUCCAGGGGGGCGAGUUUCCCGAGCAAUUUCCCCCUCCGGACCACCUAGUGCUGCCGCGGCCGUCAUCUCCCGAGUUCACUUUUGGGGACGCCCCACCACCUCUCCACCCCGAGGGUCUCGUCUGGUAG